CGCGAAUCUCAUGCAGGGCUCGUUGAUCUUGGUUUUUUUUCAGGGUCCUGAGGGUUCACCUCCUUGAAUCUUUUUCGAUACUUAUCACAAUUGUGUGUCGAACAGGAUGGUAUCCAACGAAAACGGAGGCGACAAGUUCAAGGCCAACGCGAUACCGUCUUGCCUCGUCCGCUACUGUACCGUACAGGCCCCUCCCACGAAGCCCCAUGUCGUCCAGAACAAAUCGAGACAAAGUCCAGAAGAAAACCGGCGCGAUCCAUCGGACUUUUCUAAUCUACACUGCACGAUCCUACGGCCCGUAAUCACGAGUAGCUCCCGUCACGGUCGCCUAUGUUCGGGCAGCAAUGUCUGUAUGACUGACAGGCUGACGGCGGCGGCGGCAAUGGCGUUAUCUUCCCGAAUCCCGCGACCGCAGGCAUUUCUUGCAUCUUCCAAGGAAGUCCGCGACUUCACCAUGACCGAUCCUACGAUAUCAGAGCCCAAGCCCCCAAACCCAUCCGAGCGAACCGGGCAAGUACGAGAGGGCAGCGAGGAUCGCCAAGAUAGACGGACGCCAUCUCCUGAGCAGAGCCACCCACUCCCCUCCGUAGCGAAUCAUAACCAGGAAAAAGAGCAGGCGAAGAGAUAACAGGUCGUGAUGGAACGAGGUAGACGAAUCUGCUAGGUGCACUCUCACAUAGUUGUUGCCUUGUGACUGUCGUGUAGCCCGACAGCGGCGCCCAUCCAACUUCCAACAAUACCAUGAUACCCAUCCAGCCCAAAGAAAAAGAAAAAGGAGGGCAUCGCCAUGUCAGACUGCCGGUCCGAGGUUCCAAAGGACCAUCAAGCCGGGACUCCAUCGCGACCCCAUUCGCAGGUCCACUCCGUGAUACAAGCUACAGCUAGUCCAGUGGGUAUGGGAGCCAGACGCCAGCCCAGCAUGGGUAGCUGGGAUCUUGCCUGGGUGCCAUGAAAGGGGUGAUAACUGAAAGAUGCGGUGAUAGGGCGGACCCAAAAACGGCGACACCAAAAGCUUGUUCGUUGGGCAUUACAUGCUGUGGUGGUACAAACAUCCAACAUGGGAAUCUCUGC